CCAGAUGUUUCCUGGUAUGAACUCUGACUGUUGACGAACAGACGAUCGAUGUCUCAAAGGUCGAGUUGCAGCGUCUGCGCUCUGCAGGACACUGACCUCAGUUCAGCUCUAACUCUGUCUGAACACUCGUCUGUGUCCACCUGCUCAGGAUGAGGGCUGCUGAUUGGCUGUUAGUUCUGGCAUUCCUGCCGUUUGUCUCUCUGUCCGACCAUCCGGACAUCUGCACUGCUAAACCCAAAGACCUCCCCCUGGAGCCGCGCUGCAUCUACCGGAGUCCUGACCCAGAGGAAGGCCCGACCCCGGAGCCUGAGCCGGUUCCUGAGGCCACCAACCCCAGAGUGUGGGAGCUGUCGAAGGCCAACAGCCGCUUCGCCCUGUCGCUGUACAAACAGCUGGCCCUCAACAAGACCCCCGAGUCCAACAUCUUCAUGUCCCCCAUCAGCGUCUCCACCGCCUUCGCCAUGACCAAACUGGGAGCCUGUGGCCAGACGCUGCAGCAGAUCAUGAAGGUGUUUGAGUUCGACACCAUUAAAGAGAAGACGUCCGAUCAGGUCCACUUCUUCUUCGCCAAACUGAACUGUCGUCUGUACCGGAAGAAGGACAAGACCACAGUGCUGAUGUCCGCCAACCGGCUGUUUGGAGACAAGUCUUUGAUCUUUAACGAGACGUAUCAGAACAUCAGUGAGAUGGUUUACGGAGCCAAACUGCAGCCGCUCAACUUCAAGGAGAACCCAGAGAGCGCCCGGGUCACCAUCAACAACUGGAUAUCCAACAAGACUGAGAACCGGAUCCAGCACACGCUGCCAGCAGGGGCACUGGACUCCAAUACCAUCCUGGUCCUCGUCAAUACCAUCUACUUCAAGGGUCAGUGGAAGAACAAGUUCGAUGAAGAUAACAUCCAGGCCUCGUACUUCGACAUCAGCGACAGUCGCCGCUGCCCGGUCGCCAUGAUGUACCAGGAGAACAAGUUCAGGUACAAGCACUUCCUCAACGACCAUGUCCAGCUGCUGGAAAUGCCGUACCGCGGAGACGACAUCACCAUGGUGAUCAUCCUGCCGAGCAGAGGCACCCCGCUCAGCCAGGUGGAGGAGAGUCUGGACCUGACGAGACUGAACGGCUGGUUGAACGAGUUGAAGGAAACCACGGUCUCUGUCCACAUCCCCCGGUUUAGGGUGGAGGACAGUUUCAGUCUGAAGGAGAAGCUGCAGGCCAUGGGACUGACCGACCUGUUCAGCUCUGAGAGGGCCAGCCUGCCAGGGUUGUUGGAGGAUGACAAUGAUGGUCUCCACAUCUCAGAUGCCUACCAUAAAGCUUUCCUGGAGGUGAACGAGGUGGGCAGCGAGGCGGCGGCAUCUACGGCCGUGGUGGCAAUCGGACGCUCCAUCAACUUGAACCGUGAGGUUUUCGACGCCUCCCGACCGUUCCUGCUGCUCAUCAGAGAGUCGACCAUCAACACGCUGCUGUUCUUUGGCCGAGUGGCCGAUCCCUGCGUCCAAUAAAAACUGUCCAACAGGCGCUGAGCUGUUGCUUUAAAACAAGCUCAAAAUAUAAAAAUCCGAAAAACUAAAUCAACAUUUUCCUUUGUAACAACUCAGCAAAUAUUGUGAUGUUGUAUGACAACAUAAAAAUGUCAACACUGCUUUAAGAUGAACUGCACAGAUAAACUGCAUGAAGUUAUUAUCCUGUCAGAUUUCAGUUCUGGUGGAUUUGGACAUGUGGUUACUGGACACUAAAGACUAAUUCAGAUAAAUAAUGAGUAAAUACAUUUCAUUUCUAUAGCAGAAAAAUUACACAUUUUUAAAUACAACUGAAGUGUCGCUGUUAUCUUGGAGUGAAAGAUUAUCUCCACUACUUACAGCUAACCGUGUCCAGAGCUUAUCUACGUUACUUUCAGCCAAUAAUUUCAACCUUUUAUCUCAGAUACCAUUAGCUAACGAUUUAGCUAACUGUUUACCUACAAUACUUUUAACUAGCGAUCUGUGCCACUUUUAGCUAACGAUUUCAGCUGUUUAUCUCCACUACUUAGAGCCAACAAUUUUGACCAUUUAUCUCUAUUUCUUUUAGCUAACUGAUUGCUCUGGUCUUCAGUGAUAUUGUGUAGUGUUCAGGUGUUAAAGCUGAAUCAGUGUAGCUAUCUUUGUUUGAUCUUGAUUUUUGUUUGCUCUUCUUUUGACAUACUCUCUGGGUACGAGUACCCCGGUGUUUGCUGUUGGUAAAGAAAGAGGCGAGUGGCUGCAGUUUGACACUUAAAGUGCUUUAUUUCCUUUGAAGGAGAUGCGACCUGUGAGUGAUCUAGUGGUCAUAGUGAAAGAAGCUUCUUCACAUUUUUCUAAACUAUAAUCAACCUUUGGCCUCACACCCCUCCACCCCCCUCCACCAACAUCUUUUAGCAACAAAGACAUGCAACAUAAAAGAUCUUCACAUAAAACCUUUCAGAUUCGUCUACUACAGAACAUGUUAAGUACCUCCUCUUUAAAAAAAAUGUACAGUAUUAAAAGUUAAUUUACUAAAUUCCA